CUGAAUUAACUGAUGAGAGCGAGUUCUUUUCUUCUCCGGGAGGGGUGGGGAGCGAGGGUCCUGGCGGGCAAGGCGGAGAAGCCCGGGGCAGGAUAGCGGUCCCGGGCCGCGGUGGAAAUUUCCAAGGACUUGGCGCGGCGCGGGGAGCGUGUCUGGGGGGUGCCUGGCGGUGAAGCAGCACGGGAGGCGGGGAGAGGCGGCGAAGGGCGCCAGAGCAUCUCUCAGAAGCGGACGCCGCGGGCCAGUAGUCUGGGAGGGAGCCGAGCCUCUCCCCGGACCCGCGCCGAGGGCGACAGUGAUGCUGCAGAACCGGCGGGAGCGACUCGCCGCGGCCGCUCUCUGCGCUCUCGGAGACCCCAGCGCCCGCCUUCUGCAGGGGAAGCGACCAUGACCGUAGCUCGUGAUUCGCCCCCCCGGCCACUUCCCCUAGAAAGAAACCAUUGAAAAAGUUGCAUUUAAAAAAAUCCUUGCGCUGACCUUUGGGGCAGUGGGGGCCGAAGAAACGUGCGUGCCAGUGCAAGCCAGAAAGCGGAAGGUGUGUGUGCAUGGGGGGCCGGCGGUGGGGGGACCCUCUGCUGCCACUUUGCCUAACGCUGUGCUGAAGCCGCCCCCUGGGGACCCCGGGGCUGCGAUGAGCCCCUGCGGGCGGGCCCGGCGACACACGUCCAGAGGGGCCAUGGCAGUACUGGCGUGGAAGUUCCCGAGGACCCGGCUGCCGGUGGGAGCCAGUGCCCUUUGCGUCGUGGUCCUCUGUUGGCUCUACGUCUUCCCAGUCUACCGACUGCCCAACGAGAAGGAGAUCGUACAAGGGGUGCUGCAACAGGGCACGGCGUGGAGAAGGAACCAGACAGCAGCGAGAGUCUUCAGGAAACAGAUGGAAGACUGCUGUGACCCCGCCCAUCUCUUUGCUAUGACUAAAAUGAAUUCCCCCAUGGGGAAGAGCAUGUGGUAUGAUGGGGAGUUUUUAUACUCAUUCACCAUUGACAAUUCAACUUAUUCUCUCUUCCCCCAGGCAACCCCAUUCCAGCUGCCCUUGAAGAAAUGCGCGGUGGUGGGAAAUGGUGGGAUUCUGAAGAAGAGUGGCUGUGGCCGUCAAAUAGAUGAAGCAAAUUUUGUCAUGCGAUGCAAUCUUCCUCCUUUGUCAAGUGAAUACACUAAAGAUGUUGGAUCCAAAAGUCAUUUAGUGACAGCUAACCCCAGCAUAAUUCGGCAAAGGUUUCAGAAUCUGCUGUGGUCCAGGAAGACAUUUGUGGACAACAUGAAAAUCUAUAACCACAGUUACAUCUACAUGCCUGCUUUUUCUAUGAAAACAGGAACAGAGCCAUCCCUCCGGGUUUAUUAUACACUGUCAGAUGUUGGUGCCAAUCAAACAGUGCUCUUUGCCAACCCCAACUUUCUGCGUAGCAUUGGAAAGUUCUGGAAGAGUAGGGGAAUCCAUGCCAAGCGCCUGUCCACAGGACUUUUUUUGGUGAGUGCAGCUCUGGGCCUCUGUGAAGAGGUAGCCAUCUAUGGUUUCUGGCCCUUCUCUGUGAAUAUGCAUGAACAGCCCAUCAGCCACCACUACUAUGAUAAUGUCUUGCCCUUUUCUGGCUUCCAUGCCAUGCCAGAGGAAUUUCUCCAGCUCUGGUAUCUUCAUAAAAUUGGUGCACUGAGAAUGCAGCUAGACCCAUGUGAAGACACUCCACUCCAGCCCACUUCCUAGGGACCAUGGGAAAAGAAAGAACUGAGCCAGGGUAUUUUUGUUAGAUUUUUUACAUGACUCCAAAAGGAAAUGGUCAAGUCGUUUCAUGGAUUCACAUGGGCCACUUGGAAAAACAAAACAAAACAAAACAACUACAAACCCCCAAGAGAAACUCUACUUUGAUGAUGGCUUGGACGACAAACAAGAAAUGAAAAUCCUAUGAAAUAUUUUGUAGCAGAUUGUGGAUUUGCAACUAGUAACACGCUGAUGGAGUGUGGAGUAAUGUUGGGGAAACACAUUUACAUGGUUCUGAUCUAGAAGGUGCAGUUCACAAACAAAACAGAACUCUAGCUGCUGAGGCUGAGGAAUUAAUCAAGGUAGAGUAAAGGAAAUGCCAGGGCAAAGUGUUACUGAUUAUCAACACAAUCUGGCUUAAAAAACCUAUCGUAUAUUAUAGAACAUAGGUUUUUAAAAAAUUAAUAUUUAUUUUUGCCCUAUUGAGGGGCAGUGAGUGGGUGAUGAGGUAGAUUAAAAAAAAAAACCUUACUGAGUAAUAAAGAUACGAAACACUACAGCUAAUUAUUGUGAUUUGUUGAACCAAGUCUAUGUUAACUUUAGUCUCCUUCCAUUUAAAAAAUGUUAAAUAAGAAUUUCUUCCUCUCCUUUUGUCAAAUCUACUUAGACAAUGUGAAUGAAGCAUUGUAGAAUUUAGACUGUGUUGGCUCAUAGUCUGGAUAAUGUGAGAUACUUUCUCUCCUCAGAAUUGAGGGCAUAAACUCCAUUUUAGGCCUGCAUUAUUUAAGCCUAUUUGUAUUAUUAUGUUAUUUCAGUGCAAAAAGGCUGCAAAUAUGAGUGCAUUAUUUAUUUGCAAAUUGGCAUAAUUGUCUUCCUAAUUUAAUGCUCAGAGAUGAAGUAAAGCACAAUAAUGUAAGGUUUAGUCUGGAAACAGACUGGAGGGCACAUCCCUUUUCUAUCUACCAUUGUAUAUUAUUCACUCCAAGAUACAUGCAAACAAAACAUGCAUAUAUUUAUGCACACACACACACAUACACACAGGUAAACAAAGCUCAUUCCCAUACAAGUAGGAAAGCUGAACCCACAUGACCUAGUGUGGCAAAAUCUGUACCAUUGUCAAAGAGCUACAAAUGUGUAUUAUGAACUACCCACCUCACCUUGAUAAAAGACAGGCCAGCUUACUGCUGUUUCUCAUAGUGCUCACACCAGCGUCACCCCCAAAUGCUUACCCCAAGUGAGCAGAAUUGUUUUACUCAUUCUGACUCUCCCUAACAUCUCAUGAAUGGACCUUGUGUUGAGGGUGGUGACACAAGGCAUGAUUCAUACAAGUAAAGGGAUGUGAAUUUGUAGAUGUUGAUUCCCCUGGUAGUAGCAGGUAAGGCUACUCCGAAAGCUUUUUACAUCAGCUUUCACACUGCAAACAAACUCUACUGACAGAUUACAAGCAGCCAAAGGUGUUUGCAUGUAAGAGGAAGAUAAAAGAGGCCUCUCGUUGUCUUUGUGCUUUGGAAUGCCUUAAUCUAAAGGGAAACACUAGAAAUCACUCUUUUCAUUCUUUUAAAUGUCACCAGAAUGUAGACAAACUAUGCCAAAAAGUUCUGCUUCAUUUUUAAUGGUAGAGACUUAGUAGACCACAUAAAUUAAAGCAGGUGACAGUUUUUGGUGGGUUAAUUUAAAAGAUACUGAGUCAACGAAGCCCUUGGAAAAAUUCAACAUCACUGGAAUAGGCAAUUUCUAAAGAAGAGUAAAUAUUGAGGUUAUUAUAGAAAUCAGCUGUUAAAAAAUGACUGGUUGACUUAACACAGAGUAUACUGAUAUUUGCAAAGUUAAGAAUUUGAGAGUAUUGAUAUCUUGUAGAACUGAUUUGCUAUUUUGAUUCUAUAUUGCUGCAAAGAGGUUAACGAGACUGUACUAUGAGUGAGUUAUAGUAAAUAUGCGCUAUAUGUGAAACCCUAAACCUAUUUCCUCUUUAGACCUAUUAUUAUUUAAUAAUUACUGCAGAAAGGAAUACAUUUGUACCUAUACACUUCAUCAAAGGUAAAAGGGCUAAUGAAAAACAUAUAUGUCACACAAAUUAGUACUUUAACUGAUGAAAUUGUUAAAGUGUAAUUAAUGAGCUCCCUAAAACCCAUUCGUCACAGUUCCACUGAAACUGCUAUUUGGAAAUUUCACAUCUUGUUAUGAUUUCUGGGAUAGAUUUAUAUAAUAUAGUGUGCAAUUUUUAGUCUAUACAUUUGUGGCUUUGGAAAGCCAAACAGAAAUGGCCUGAGAUGAUAAUGUUUAUUUAGACCAGUACUUCUCAACUGGGGUAAUUCCCCUCCCUAUCUGGUGACAUUUGGCAAGGUCUAGAAACAUUUUUGAUUGUCAUGAUUUGGAAGGUGCUACUGGCACCUACUGGACAGAAGCCAGGGAUCCCACUAAACAUUCUACAGUGCAGAGGUCAGCCCCCCACAGCAAAAAUUACCCAUUCUAGAACAUUAAUAGUGUCAAUGUUGAAAAUGCUGGAUUAGACCAAAAGAAUACUUUGACUGCCACAACUUUUCUUCACUUAAGGAUACAUAUACAUGUUCACAUCAUUCAAAGUAUGACUACAAUUGAACGAGAAUGUUUUCUUAGAGUAGAUUGCAGUUGGCAUUAUUUUAUACUGACAAUGCAUAGGUAUGCCAUCUAUAUUCCCUUUCUUGUGGUUAGAUAGAUGUAUCUAAACUUAGAAAUGGUGCUUGCUUCGGCAGCACAUAUACUAAAAUUGGAACGAUACAGAGAAGAUUAGCAUGCCCCCUGAGCAAGGAUGACACGCAAAUUUGUGAAGCGUUCCAUAUUUAAAAAAAAAAAAAAAACUUAGAAAUGUGUGUGUGUGUGUGUGUGUGUGUGUGUGUGUUGUGUAUAGGGGCAUUAUAGCAUAGGCUAUACAUAUCUGUCCUUCUUGAAAUACAUGUGUCCCUAAGUGAGGAUCUCUCCAGAAUUAUCUUGCAGAAUAGUCUGGAAUACUCUAUUACUAUUAAGAAGUUGAAUUCUACGCACCUAUUAUUUUAUCUGAAACUGAGAACUUCAGAAUUGGACGUCAUACUUUGCCAUAUUUGGUCAAUGACAUUUUAAUACUGCUGACCCUUAAGGUUAGCUGAGAAGAUAUUCAGGUUAUAGUAGACACACUCAGUAAGAAAAUAUUUCAUCACUUUCAACGCAUCUGCCAAAAGAGGGAGUCAACCUCUCUAAUCUUUAAAUUGCUUUUUAUUGACAAAACCUAGGUUGCUCCAUGGGGGCAAGAGAGGGGGUGAAGAGACUGAAAAUGGGUACCUGAUACGAGUUUUUAACUUUUAUCGGCUCCAGUUUGAGAAUUACACUGAUGCUAAGGAUCAUGAGUAAGGGUGACCUCCAUUUAAUUUUAAUCACACGUUAGCAAAAUUAAGAUGGGUGAAGGAUUAAGUCAUUCUCCAAGAUAGAAAAGUGAUUUUUAUAUGAAAUAUUUUUAUAUGGAAGAGGACAGUGGAUACAUAUGCUUUAUAUAGAGUAUUUGACCAACAGUUUAUAUAACAUUGUGCAUCUGAACUGCAACUAACACAUGAAGUUAAGGAGUGCCCCUGGGAUUUUGCUUCCAUAUAGUUCACUGUUAUUUUAACAAGGUAAAUAUUCCCAAAUGAUACAAAUGACCCCAAAAGGCAGAUGUUCAGACAAUACCUAUUGGAGUUUUUGAUGUCUCAUGACCUUCUCUUGGCUACAAACUUUCUUUAGGAUACAUAUAACUUAUACCUGGAGCAAUGGGCAACACAGUUUAACAAUCUACAUGGAAAAUAAUGGAAGAAAUCCCAGGAUUCUGAAUUUGACAAAAAUAUUCUCAGUCAGAAGCUCUACAGAAGUGUUAUAGACUAUUCCAAAUAGAAAAAAAAAAUAUCAAUGACGUUUCUUCUUGUUAGCCACUAUCAUAGUUUUGUAAUUUUAUUAUAUAUAGCUUUCCAUUUCUUUGAAAAAUCAGCCAUCUGUAAUUUUAAUUUUUAUAUUUAAAAAUAUUGACUUUGUGAAAAUUUUAACCGACAAAUCCUUGUUAGGUGAGACCUAAAAGGUCACAGUCCGCCAAAAACUUUAGGGAAUUCUUAUUCCUAUGAAAAUUUUCCCACCAGAACCAGGUAAUAAUAUCUGCUCUGUUUACAGAGUUCCAGAGGUCAAGAGCUGUAAAGACUUUUGUGAGAAUCUGAGGGAAAAUACGGGGAGGAGUAAGGACUGAGAGCAGUACUGUGCUUUUUAUUUCUUCAUCUUCCCAGGGUAGAGGCUGACUCUCAGACUCUGACUUUUAGUGAGCACGCAUCGAGAAACAGCUACAAGACACCUGAAACUUAGAUCAAGCUCCCAGCAAAGUGUGUAGUAACUAUAACUAAACAUGACCAGCAAUUUUAGCAGUUUGAAUCCACCGUGUGCCAGGGAGAGGAUGAGGCAAGUGGAGAGGAGGAGACAACCCUACUCCCAAGCUUUCAGUAUGUAAGUCAGAGAAGUCUCUGCCCUUGACCUUGGCUUUCCAGCACUAUCUGUUUCUGCUGACUACCAGGGAAGCUGGCUUGUCUCUGGGGUCAAGCUUGUAGUCUUGUGACUGGAGAAUUGGUGUGGAAAUUUGCUAAGAUGCUUGAAAUUUUACACUGCUGUAAACAGUUUUUUUUUUCCUCUUAAACUUGUGCUCUCUAAAUUUGGGUGUCCUGUGACAGAAUUCUAGUCACCCUGACCUAAUUAUGGCCCUGUCAGUGAUUAUUAAAAAUGGAGCAUUUUUUUCUCCAUGCAGAUGAAUUUUCUAAGUUCUUGAAGCCAGGGAGAUAUCAAGUAUAGCUGACCCUUGAAUGACACAGGUGUGAACUGCAUGGGUCUGCUUAUACAUGGAUUUUUUCUAAUAUAGUACAGUACUAUAAAAGUAUUUUCCUUAUGAUUUUCUUAAUAUUUUCUUUUCUCUAGCUUACUUUAUUGUAAGAAAAUAGUAUAUAAUGCAAAUAACAUAAACUAUGUGUUAAUCGACUGUUAAUGUUGUUGGUGAGGCUUCUGGUCAAUAAUAGGCUAUUAGUAGUUAUGUUUUGGGGCAGUCAAAAGCUGUAUGCAGAUUUUUGACUGCACGGCAGGGUUGGGACCCCCAAUCCCACAUUGUUCAGGGGUCAACUAUUUUCCACCGGUUCUUUUAUAGUUUCUUUAAAAGCCCUGGACACUGAUCCAAAAGAAUCCAGAAGCUUAGAAUGUUUGUUUGCGACUCCUAACCGUGAAUGCAGAAUAUUUAGGUUGAACACUAUAAGAGUCCUAUUUUGCAAGAAGAAAGACGCUUAACAUGAAGCUACAAUUGCUGUGGCCUUUUUCCUUCCUAUCAUAAGAAAAAGGAUACUACUGGCUUACCCUCAGCCAAGAAUUUACCCUCAGUCUCUUGCAGUUUUUACAUACAUCCUAGAGGUGAGGGAUCGAAAGAGAUGUGUGGAAGGAAGGCUCAUUCAAACAUAACACGGCCUCUGCUCAUCAUCACAAUACGGAAGAAGUACAUAUUUCUGUUAAAGCCCAUGGCUAUAACUUUUUUAAAGCACAAGAGAGGAAUUAUAUUUUAUGGUCACUUGUUUGCCCACCUCCUGUGUGUUCUUAUUGAUCCCUACAUUGUGCUAAAAUCCCUUCUAACUUUGCUUUCUGUUAAAGCUGUAGGAGAUAAUCAAUGAUGCAAAGCUGCCUGGGAGUUUUAUAGAGUAAUAUUCAAAUAUAUUGAUCAUGUCUCUUUCUGCUUCUACAUAAUUAGAUUUUCUCCAGUUAUUUGUCAUUUUAAAAGUGUAUGUGUCACAUGAUACCAGUAAACAUCUAAGAAAUGUGAUUUUUAUCCAGGGCAGAGAAAUUGGGAGUCAGAUGUGUCUGUUUUUCUCUGCAUAGGAAGCGAAAUGGGAAAUUGUAAUAAAGAAGGGUUUAACCAAAAUGAAAAAGAGAAAAGAGGAAAUCAGGAUUUUAAUUGUGAAGGACCAUUGACAGGGAUCUUAGUCUGAAGCUAAGCUCAGAGCACAGAGGCUGUUGUCCUUGAGCACAGUCCCAAGAAUAGAACCUUCCAAAACCUUUUAAAGGAAAUAUAUUGUUAUGCAGUAAUUAUGGCUCAUGAUGAAAAGACUCUAGAAGAAGCAGUGUGAGAACCAGGUUGUGAGACACUUAGGGAAGAAGAUGGAAGAGUGGCACCUGUUUACCUACUUGGACCCUUCUGCCCCUCUUCGAGUUACGCUUUCCUUGGUGUCUAUGUUGGGAUAUACAAAUGCUGCCAUUUUCAUAUCCCCUUUUUAUCUCCACUUUGACACAUAUGCAAGAUUAUUAUUUAGGUCUCCUGUCAUGAUGAGGCAGCAAUGGUAGGAAGUGAAGGUGACCCUUUGAAACAUGGUCACCAUAUGCAUGGUGAGAGUUAGAAAGAUUUAGAUGCAUUUUCUCCUCUCUGUUUUAGUGUAAACACACACACACACACACACACACACACACACACACCUUGCAUUAUUCAUGCCCAUUGAAAAGAGAAAAAUGUCUGGCUAGGUGGGGGUGGCAGAGGGUGCCUUAACUUUUUCUGGCUUGGCUCCCACUUCCUUUUGUAUUUCCUUCAUGUACCUGUCUCUUUAGAGGUGUAGCCAUGUCUGUUCCAAGUUGUAUCUUUACCAUCAGCAAGACCUCUUAUAACUGUAGUGAAUGUGACUAUUUUAUAUAAAUGCACAAUAGUAUAUAGGCCUUGGAGAUGUCUGAUAACUGUAUGUAAAUAUCUUUUGUUGAAGUAGUAGAACCUUCUCAUAAAGAGCUCCUUAGGUGAUAGCUACAGGAGAACUAAGAUGAUUAGAUUCAAAUAUGUGUUUCUCCAGCAAAUACUAGGUUUCAUGGAAGCAAGGAAACAAUUUGUUUCUGUUUCUCAUUCACUCUUAAGCAUCAAUUCUUUGGGCUUUCUUGUCCGUAAGUUACUAUAGAUAUCCCUCUCAUACAGGAUUCACAAUUUGUAGUGAUUGAUGGUCACAGGGGUACAUCAGAGUCAGACACUAGAGGGAAGGGGAGAGAACAGACAAGUAGAAGCUCCAUUGAAAAGCUUGUUUAAUUUUUUAAAAGUCUAGAACAUUAUUAGAACUCUACCACACAGCAUAGUUGGUCUAAAAAGUUUUGAAAAAGUUUCUUGCUGGUCUCUUUAAGUUGACUAUUGCACCUUAUAUAUCCUUCCACAUAUGUGAAAACUGUUUUUCAAGAGCAAAUUUGCAGGGGCACCUAGGUAGUUCAGUCAGUUAAAUGUCCGACUCUUGAUUUCGGCUCAGGUCAUGAUCUCACAGUUCGUGAGUUCGAGCCAUACAUCAGGCUCUGUACUGAUGGCACAGAGCCUGUUUGGGAUUCUCUCUCUCUCUCUCUCUCUCUUUUCUGCCCUUUCUCCUUCUCUCUUUCUCUCUCUCUCUAAAAAUAAAUAAACUUAAAAACUAGCAUAUUUGCAGAUUGGAAGUAAGAGAAAAAUAGAAAUUCAAAUAUUCCUUCUCAUACAGUGUAGCUUGAUUACUGGUCCAUGGGGGCAAUAAUUCUGGAAAAGAUCUUAGAUUAGACUAUAAAACGAAAUAAUCUUUGAAGUAUACACGGAAUUACUUUUUCCUAAUGAAGCUAAAUUCUGUUGGCAGGAGGUGUGGGGAAAAUCAAUGCUCUUCAUUUCUUCUUUAAGUUUAAUAUAAAAUGUAGCAGGUAAGAAAAAACUUUAACUUGUACUUUUUAUAGUGUGACUUAAAAAAAAGUAUCUAUCUCAGUUGGUUCUACUGAGCGGUUUCCACAGAAUCUAAAUGUAAUGUCAUAGGAGGAGGUUUGCUGUAAAAACAUGUCUUUUUCUUUGGUGUGUUCAUUGUAAUUAUGGCUGGUAGUGAGAAGAUUCAGUAAGUCUCAAUUUCUCUACCUCCCUUACUUGGAGAAAAUUUGGAAAUGUACCCUGUGAAUAAAAUGAUUUUUUUUAUAGUG